AGCAGCCGUCAUGUCGGCAGUGGUUCAAUACGACGACGCUAUCUUACUUGCGUCUUCGUCUCACUCUCUGACGGAGGAUGAAACAAAUUAAACACGUUUCCCUUUCGUCAACUCCCAGUCAGACAUGGCGGCCGCCUCUCUUUCCCGGCCGAACUUCACCGUCCUCUCACCUCUUCUUCUCCUCCUCCUCCUCUUCUCCUCCGCCGAUGGCGCCGCUCCCGGCGAGCUUGACUCCCUCCUGUCCCUCAAGUCCGCCCUCCGGACCCCUGGCACCGGCGUGUUCGACAACUGGGUCGCCGGCAACUCGCCCUGCAACUUCACCGGCAUCACGUGCAAUUCCGCCGGCUCCGUCGCGGAAAUCGACCUCUCCCGCCAAAACCUCCGCGGGUCUCUCUCCCUUGACCCUCUCUGCUCGCUCGGCUCGCUGGAGAAGCUCUCGCUCGCCCAAAACUCGCUCUCCGGCGAAGUCACCGGCGACUUGAAUAAGUGCGUCGGGUUGAAAUUCUUAGACUUAGGGAACAAUUCCUUCUCUGGGUCGAUGCCGGAGAUUCACUCUCUCAGUCAGAUGACCCAUCUGUACAUGAAUCGCAGUGGGUUUUCUGGGAUUAUCCCGUGGAAAUCUCUGGAAAACAUGACCAAUUUGGAGGUUCUUAGCCUCGGCGACAAUCCGUUUAACAGAGCGCCGGUGCCGGAAUCGAUCGGGAGACUUUCAAGACUGAAAGUGCUCUACUUAUCCAAUUGUAGUCUGGAAGGAGAAAUCCCAGAAGGGAUUGGAAAUCUCACGGAGCUGAUAAACUUGGAGCUAUCCGUGAAUUACCUCUCCGGCGAAAUUCCUCAGGGGAUUUCGAACCUCACUAAGCUGCGCGAGCUCGAGCUCUACUCCAACGGCCUCACCGGAAAGUUGCCCAAAGGCUUCGGAGAUCUAUCCGGCCUCGAACUCCUGGACGCAUCCACCAACCAUCUUUCCGGGGAUAUAUCUGAAAUCAGGCGCCUGGAAAAGCUGGCGAGUCUGCAGCUUUUUGAUAACCAAUUUUCCGGCGAAGUCCCGGCGGAGUUUGGGGAGUUCAAGAAUCUGAUCAAUUUGUCGCUUUACGCCAACGGAUUCACAGGACAGCUUCCGCCCAAGCUUGGGUCUUGGUCAGAAUUCAAUUUCAUCGACGUGUCGGAGAAUUUCUUCUCCGGGCCAAUCCCGCCGGAGAUGUGCAAACAGGGGAAGAUGGUGAAGCUCUUGGUUCUCCAGAACAACCUCACCGGAGAAAUCCCAGAAACCUACGGCAGUUGCACGACCCUCAAACGUUUCCGGGUGAGCAAGAACUCACUCUCUGGUCUAAUUCCCACCAGAAUUUGGGGUCUGCCGAAUCUGGAAAUCCUCGACAUAGGUGACAAUGGAUUGGAAGGCCCUUUAACUUCCGAAAUCGGAAACGCGAAGAAUCUGGGACAGUUGUUUCUUGCCAAUAACAAACUCACCGGCGAUUUGCCACCGGAAAUUGCAGGUGCGUCUGCAUUAGUGGCAAUUCAAUUAACCAAUAAUCAGUUCUCCGGCGAAAUCCCGGGAGCCAUAGGAGAUCUCAAACAGCUGGAUACUCUUCAAUUAUCAAACAACGAAUUCUCCGGUUCAGUCCCAGACUCAAUAGGUUCUUGUCCGUCCCUCAGUGACAUAAACAUAGCCCACAAUUCUCUUACAGGGAAUAUUCCGGCGACCCUGGGGUCACUACCCACCCUGACAUCCCUGAAUCUGUCCGGAAACAGAAUCUCCGGCCGAAUUCCGGACACUUUGUCAUCCUUAAACCUCAAUCUCCUAGAUUUGUCCAACAAUCAACUCACCGGCCCCAUUCCGGAGUCUCUUUCUGUUGAGGCCAAUAAUCGCAGCUUCGCCGGAAACGAUGGCCUUUGUAGCCAGAACAACAUCAAAUAUCUCCGGCGAUGCCCGAAAGAAUUCACCGAAUCCCAUGAUCUUCGCACUCUUGUGCUCUGUCUGGUGGCCAUUACAAUGGCCAUGAUAUUUAUUUCCUUGUCUUGUUUAUUCUACUUUAAGGGCAGAUGCACAAAGAAGGAUGCCAAUGAGCACUCCUGGAAGGAGGACUCGUGGGACGUAAAAUCCUUCCGUUUCUUGAGCUUCACCGAGGACGAAAUCCUAGACGCUGUCAGACAAGAGAAUUUGAUCGGAAAAGGUGGGUCCGGGAGCGUGUACAAAGUAGUAUUGAAAAAUGGUAAAAAAUUGGCCGCGAAACACAUAUGGAACUGGGACGAAACCGGGAGGCGAGUGUUGGGUGGGCCCACGGCUCCCAUUCUGGGAAAGCGCGGGACGAAGUCGAAGGAAUUCGAGGCAGAGGUCCAAACUCUUAGCUCAGUGAGGCAUGUGAAUGUGGUGAAGCUUUACUGCAGCAUUACAAGUGAGGACUCAAGCCUGUUGGUUUAUGAGUACAUGCCGAAUGGGAGUUUGUGGAACCGGUUGCACAAUCGCCAAAAGGGCGAGUUUGGUUGGGACAUGAGGUACGAGGUUGCGAUCGGAGCAGCCAGGGGAUUGGAGUACCUCCACCACGGAUGUGACCGUCCCGUGGUCCAUCGCGAUGUCAAGUCUAGUAACAUUUUGUUGGACGAGGAUUUCAAGCCGAGGAUUGCCGACUUCGGUCUUGCCAAGAUUGUUCAACCCCAUUCUUGCAAAGAUUCAACUCACGUCAUUGCUGGCACUUAUGGGUACAUUGCCCCUGAAUAUGGAUAUACCCACAAAGUGAACGAGAAGAGCGACGUAUACAGCUUUGGAGUAGUGCUGAUGGAGCUUGUAUCAGGGAAAAGGGCGAUAGAACCAGUGUAUGGAGACAACAACGACAUUGUGAGUUGGGUGAGCAACAAACUGAAGAACAAAGAAAGCAUGGAAAGCGUAGUUGAUUCAUGCAUCGGAGACCCCCACCGAGGAGAUGCAGUCGAAGUGUUAAAGAUAGCCAUUAUGUGCACGGCUAGGCUGCCGAGUCUAAGGCCAAGUAUGAGGAACGUAGUUAAAAUGCUAGAAGGCGCAACGCCUUGCCGGGUUUUAGGGAUUGCGGUUGGGAAAGAUGGUGGGAACAAGUUGGAGUUGCCUUAAAAUUAUUUAUGGAGACUAGUUGAUUAUGGGUGUCUUUGUGACCUUAAAUUUUGAAUUUUGUGACAUAGUAGCCUUAAAAGUGUAACGUUUUGGUGGAGUGUUGUUGUUGUGAAGUCAUGUAUUGGCCAUUGACACGAAUUAAGUAGGCAAAAUAUGUAUGGGAAGUAGUAAUCCUGGAUGGGAGAGUAUCACAUUUUGGCUCUGUACAAUAGUAAAUAAAAUUACAUCUUUUUU